CGACAGUUUCGUUAUCUACCUCACACGACUCAGCCAAGAUGAGGGCCUCAACAGUUAGCCUGGGAGUCAUUGGUCUCCUUGGAACCUCUGUGAACGCUAUCAGUCGUCUGGACGGACGCGUCAGCGAACAACUCUUGCGAUCUGGUCCUCCCCAAAUCGGUCUAUUCCAAGCAUUGUUGGCCCAGCAGACCGAGGACGAUGCUCGCGUCGCCUUGCAUCAGAACUCGGCGCAGAAGCCUCUACAGGUGGUCAAACCAACGUACGAGGCUCAUUGCUUCCCUCAGCUCAAGACGCAUUUCAAUGACGAGGACAAGUCGACCUUCUGCCAGCGAUACUGGGUGGACGCUAGCAACUAUAAAGAAGGGGGUCCUGUCUUUGUGCUUGACGGCGGAGAGACGGACGGGGCGAACAGAAUCCCAUUCCUCGAAAAGGGAAUCUUGCAGAUUCUCGCCAAUGCCACGGGAGGGUUGUCCAUCGUCCUUGAACAUCGAUACUACGGAGAAUCCAUCUUUGUCGACUCGCUCACAACCGACAACUUACGGUGGCUAAACAACGAAGAAGCUCUCGAAGACUCGGCAUAUUUCAUCGAAAACUUCAAGCUGCCCAAGAGCGUUCUCGACGUGGAAGCAGAUGCACUCAGCCCGAAGAAGACCCCCUGGAUCUACUAUGGCGGGUCCUACGCCGGAGCCAGAGCGGCUCAUAUGAGAGUCCAAUACCCUCAUUUGGUUUGGGGUGCUAUUGCCAGUAGCGGUGUGACCCAUGCCCAGGUCGAAUACUCGGAAUACUUCCAACCGAUCCAGAAGUAUGGACCCGUCGAUUGCAUUUCGGCCUUGUCCGAUGCCAUUACCGCUGUCGAUUCUAUUUUGGACAUUGGCGGGCCUGCUGCUCAUGCGCUCAAGUCCCUCUUCGGUUUGGCCGAAUUGAGUGAUGAUCAAGAUUUCGCAAGUCUCUUGUCAACUCCGCUGGGCUUCUGGCAGGGCCAGAACUGGGACCCUAAGGUCGGGACUGACGGUUUUGAAAAUUUCUGUGCUGCUCUCCUGGAACCGAGUCUUCCCAUCCUUGGCAAAUAUGGCAGAAUCCCCUCCGCUGUAGUCAACCUUGCGAAAUACAUUCGCGAGAACAUCGUUUCGAGAUGUCCACGAACGCCCGGAAACCCGGCAUCGGACAUCGAAGAGUGCUUUGGUACUCAGAAUGCGACGAAAUACCUCAACACUGAUCUGGAUCAAGAGUGGAGAUUGUGGGAAUUCCAGGUCUGCACUCAAUGGGGAUACUUCCAAUUUGCUCCCGCCGAAGGACCCAGAAUCGUUUCCAAGAGAGUCGAUCUUGAAUACGCUUCCAAGCCUUGCCGUCUUGCUUAUCCUCCCGGGGAGCACUUCACUGUCCCCGCUGCGCCCGAUGUCGAAAGUGUGAAUGCAAGGGGCGACUUCGCCAUCGAAAUGGAUCGAUUGGCUUUCAUUGAUGGAGACAGGGACCCAUGGAGACCAGCGACUCCCGGAAGCGAUCUAGCGCCGAAGCGUAAAUCGACCGUGAACAAGCCUGUGCAUUUGAUUUACAACGGUAUCCACCACUACGAUGAGAACGGCUUGUCGGACCACGACAAGGAGCCCGCCAGGAUUCGCGACAUUCACGAGCUGGAGAAGAACUUUAUCUCUGAAUGGGUUGCCCAUUUCCACGAUGAAAAGGCCAAGACCGCCUGAAAUUGCGGUCGCACAUAGUCGGAGCAGCGAGCGUUACGGGCAGGACAGAUUAAAUGCAUGGAUUGGGAUGGCCG